AGAAACCAUGAUUUUGAACCUACUCCGGGCUUUUUGGGGGGUCUUCUUUAUUUUCUGGACAGCUUUUAACACAGCCCUAGUGGAUGUGGUCGGAUCGGAGCAGCAGAUCCCCUUGUCGGUUGUAAAGCUCUGGGCCUCAGCUUUUGGUGGGGAGAUCAAAUCCAUCGCAGCUAAAUACUCAGGUUCCCAGCUUCUGCAGAAGAAAUACAAAGAAUACGAGAAGGAUGUUUCAAUAGAAGAAAUUGAUGGCCUUCAGCUUGUGAAAAAGCUAGCAAAAAGUAUGGAAGAAAUGUUUCAUAAAAAGUCUGAAGCUGUACGGCGUCUUGUUGAAGCUGCCGAGGAUGCUCACUUGAAACAUGAAUUUGAUGCUGAUUUACAGUAUGAAUACUUUAAUGCUGUUCUCAUAAAUGAACGAGAUGAAGAAGGAAACUUUUUGGAACUGGGGAAGGAAUUCAUUCUAGUGCCAAAUGACCACUUCAAUAAUUUGCCUGUGAACAUCAGCCUGAGUGACGUCCAAGUACCAACCAAUAUGUACAACAAAGAUCCAGCUAUCGUAAAUGGAGUCUUUUGGUCAGAAUCCUUAAACAAGGUGUUUGUCGAUAACUUUGACCGUGACCCUUCUCUCAUAUGGCAGUACUUUGGAAGUGCAAAGGGAUUUUUUAGACAGUAUCCAGGAAUUAAAUGGGAACCAGAUGAGAAUGGAGUUAUUGCAUUUGACUGCAGAAAUCGAAAAUGGUACAUACAAGCAGCUACUUCUCCAAAAGACGUGGUUAUUUUAGUUGAUGUCAGUGGCAGCAUGAAAGGACUCCGUCUGACAAUUGCUAAGCAAACCGUAUCAUCUAUUUUGGAUACCCUUGGAGAUGAUGACUUUUUCAACAUAAUUGCUUAUAAUGAAGAACUUCACUAUGUAGAACCGUGUCUGAAUGGAACAUUAGUACAAGCAGACAGAGCCAACAAAGAGCACUUCAGGGAACACCUCAACAAACUUUUUGCAAAAGGAAUUGGAAUGCUGGAUAUAGCUUUAAAUGAAGCUUUCAACAUUCUCAGUGAUUUCAAUCACACAGGACAAGGGAGUAUUUGCAGUCAAGCCAUAAUGCUGAUCACUGAUGGUGCUGUCGACACGUAUGAUACAAUAUUUGCUAAGUAUAAUUGGCCAGACAGGAAGGUUCGCAUGUUUACCUAUCUGAUCGGAAGAGAAGCUGCUUUUGCUGACAACCUCAAAUGGAUGGCCUGUGCUAACAAAGGGUUUUUUACUCAGAUCUCUACAUUAGCUGACGUGCAGGAGAACGUCAUGGAAUACCUCCAUGUUCUUAGCCGACCAAAGGUUAUUGAUCAAGAGCAUGAUGUGGUAUGGACUGAAGCAUAUAUCGACAGCACUCUCCCUCAGGCUCAAAAGCUUGCUGAUGAUCAGGGAUUGGUUUUGAUGACCACUGUUGCCAUGCCAGUAUUUAGUAAGCAAAAUGAGACUAGAUCCAAAGGGAUUCUUUUGGGAGUAGUUGGCACAGACGUUCCAGUUAAAGAACUUCUAAAGGCCAUUCCAAAAUAUAAGUUAGGUAUUCAUGGAUAUGCUUUUGCAAUUACAAACAAUGGAUACAUUUUGACGCAUCCAGAACUCAGACCAUUGUAUGAAGAAGGAAAAAAGCGAAGAAAACCCAACUACAGCAGCGUUGAUCUUUCUGAGGUUGAGUGGGAAGACAGAGAUGAUGUGCUUCGAAAUGCAAUGGUGAAUCGGAAAACAGGGAAAUUUUCUAUGGAGGUGAAGAAGACAGUCGACAAAGGGAAACGGGUAUUGGUGAUGACAAAUGACUACUAUUAUACAGACAUCAGGGGUACUCCUUUCAGUUUAGGUGUGGCUCUCUCUAGAGGACAUGGCAAAUAUUUCUUCAGAGGAAACGUAACUAUAGAAGAAGGUUUGCAUGAUUUAGAACACCCUGAUGUAUCUUUGGCAGAUGAAUGGUCAUAUUGCAACACUGACGUACAUCCUGAACACCAUCAAAUGGCACAGCUAGAUGCUAUUAAACUCUACCUCACAGGAAAAGAGCCAUUGCUUCAAUGUGAUAAAGAAUUGAUACAAGAAGUUCUGUUUGAUGCAGUGGUGAGUGCACCAAUAGAAGCUUAUUGGACCAGUCUAGCUCUAAAUAAAUCAGAAAAUUCUGACAAGGGAGUGGAAGUUGCCUUUCUUGGAACCCGGACGGGUCUAUCUCGUAUCAACCUGUUUGUGGGACCAGAGCAACUUACUAAUCAAGACUUCCUGACAGCUGAAGACAAAGAGAAUAUUUUUAAUGCUGAUCAUUUUCCACUCUGGUACAGAAGAGCCGCCGAGCAGAUACCAGGCAGCUUUGUCUAUUCAAUCCCAUUUAGUACAGAAACAGCAAACAAAAGCAAUGUGGUGACAGCUAGUACUGCCAUUCAACUUUUAGAUGACAGAAAAUCUCCAGUGGUUGCAGCUGUAGGUAUCCAGAUGAAACUUGAAUUUUUCCAGCGGAAGUUUUGGACUGCCAGUAGACAGUGUCCAUCUCUUGAUGGAAGAUGUUCUAUAAGCUGUGAUGAUGAAGCAAUUAACUGCUACCUCAUAGAUAACAAUGGAUUUAUUUUAGUAUCUGAAGACUACAGACAGACUGGGAACUUUUUUGGUGAGAUCGAGGGGGCUGUGAUGAACAAAUUGCUAACAAUGGGCUCCUUUAAAAGAAUUACACUUUAUGACUACCAGGCCAUGUGUAGAACAAACAAAGAGAGUAGCGACAGUGCCCAUAGCUUACUGGACCCUUAUAAUGCCUUCUUUGCUGCAGUAAAAUGGAUAAUGACUGAACUUGUCGUGUUCUUGGUGGAAUUUAAUUUGUGCAGUUGGUGGCACUCAGAUUUAACAGCAAAAGCACAGAGAUUGAAACAAACCCUAGAGCCUUGUGAUACUGAAUAUCCAGCUUUUGUUUCUGAACGCACUAUAAAGGAGACCACGGGAAACAUUGCUUGUGAUGACUGUUUCAAGUCCUUUGUCAUCCAGCAAAUCCCAAGCAGCAAUCUCUUCAUGGUGGUAGUAGAUAAUGAAUGCAACUGUGAGUCUAUCUUGCCAAUUACCAUGGAACCCAUAGAAAUAAGGUAUAAUGAAUCCCUUAAAUGUGAACGUUUAAAAUCUCAGAAGAUUAGAAGACGUCCAGAAUCUUGUCAUGGAUUUCAUCCUGAAGAGAAUGCAAGAGAAUGUGGGGGUGUUCUAGGCCUUAGUGCUAAACCUACUCUUGUUCUUCUUCCACUGCUUUUGGCAAUUUUCUCAAGGUGACGUUGACUGAUGUGUUCACUUGGCAUGCUAAAUACAUGGAUAAACUGUGAACUGAGAAAUGGUGCAACAUAGAAGACAAGAAAUAUAGUCAAAACAUCAGCAUUUCAUGAUUUUAAACUGUUGAUGAGAUAAACUUAAAGAUAUGUUGAAAAAGAUUUAUCUUUUUACUUUGCAAGUCAUGCAAAUGUGAAUUUGCCAUAUGAUAGUCACAAUUCAUCAAAAAAGGACUUUAAUAGAUAUACACAGGUGUCCAUUACUUUCUGCUUUGUCCCAUUGAAACCAAUUUAAAACUGUGUACUUUUUAAAUAAAGUAUAUUAAAA